ACCUGAAGGCAGCAGCGCCACCGUCCUACCUCUGUCCGACAGUGAUGUCACCCUCCAGUUAGACCGACGGUCGGAAGCUUUGGACAGAGACUUUUCCUUUAAUCGGUUUUGUCUGAAAUUGUAGACAUUGCGCCGACAUUAGCCACAGAUUUAGCAGAUCGCCUUUCGACUCUACCAUCACGCCUCGGUGCGGGGAUCCAGCAAACAUGAAAUGGAUGUUUAAAGAGGACCAUUCACUUGAGCACCGAUGUGUGGAGUCAGCCAAAAUACGCAACAAAUACCCUGACAGAGUACCGGUAAUAGUGGAGAAGGUCUCUGGCUCUCAGAUAGUGGACAUUGACAAAAGGAAGUAUCUGGUGCCUGCCGACAUCACUGUGGCUCAGUUCAUGUGGAUCAUCAGGAAACGCAUUCAGCUGCCUUCUGAGAAAGCCAUCUUCCUCUUCAUCGACAAAACGGUUCCUCAGUCCAGCCUGACGAUGGGCCAACUGUACGACAAGGAGAAGGACGAGGACGGCUUCCUGUACGUGGCCUACAGUGGAGAAAACACUUUUGGUUACACAACACAGUGUUAAUGCUCAAUUCAGUAUUGGUCUUAUUCUUCUUGGUCUUCUGUACACGAACACGCACGCCCUGACGCAGUGAGGCCAGCGUUUUAAGCACUGAUGCUGUCCUCAUUGUGGGUUGUUGAUACUAGAACCACAACAAAACAGUACAAUCAUCAAUCCUGCACAUUCAUGACUGGGUCAGUCUGAAUGAGUCUUUAACACUUCCAUCAACUAAGGACACUGAUCACUAAAUCAUUGGCACUUCUCAUAUCAUUCAUUGGGAGUCCAAACUGUAAGACACACAAACACAGGUACCAUGUUUCUAAUGCUACAGAUUCCUUUCUGUGUUUUUAUCACCUUUACUUGUGUUCAGGAUCAGACAGACCAGACAGAAGAAGUCCUGUACAUGUGCAUCUAAAUCAUUAUUUUGUGUUUAUUUUGGUCUUCAUAUCCUGAGAUUAAGAGCUUGAGUUCUCUAUAGUAUCUUAUAAGAAGCAUGAUGAACAGAGCAUAGAAGGCAGCUGUUGAGUUGGUAGAUGAGCAGUGAGGAGGCAGCCAGGAUGGGGGGAUUAGCCCUGCACAAGAGCAGCACUAGUCCGUCGGAUGUUAUAGGGUUUUCCUAUCCUGUUUUCUCAUUUGCACAUUAUGUUGUGCAAAUCAAGUCAAUACCACCUAAGAUUCAGAUAAUGGCAAAAUUAAGCCAUGAACAUGAGUGAAAUGUCAGCACUUUGCUUGACGUGUAUGGGUCUAUGUUCUGGAUCUUCAAUCUGUGAUUUCACACUGAGGGACUGGUCACGAGCAAGUGGAAUGUUUUAACAACAGAACAACCUGAAAAUCCUGAAAGAAAAGACAUUCUUGGAUCAUCUUCUUUGUCAGCUUGCACCUUUAUGCAGCUCAACAUGUGCAGUGCAGUUUGUGUAGGGAAUAUCAAAUAAAGUGAAGCUGUUGAUUUGGUUGUGAGGUAAAACCUUCCUGACUUUGUGGGAUGCCGUCUUUUCACUGGUCUGUGUGUGCGGCUCUUUAGCGUGGGGUCUGUAGCUACAGUAUGUGCCACCUGAACCUAAAACAGACACGGCUCAAUGGCCCAACUACCAUCAAAUUCUAUUCACAGGUGGUUCCAAGUUACUACUUUACUGUGUGUUUGGGAUGAUGUUUUGCAUAUGAUUAAAGGGGGCAAGCCAACUGUGCAGAGCCUGUUUUAGCUUGUUGAUUUGGUCAGUCAGCAAUCCCUCCUGUUGGCCUUAACUCCAGACAUGCUGCAGUAGGCGACUUCCCACCCACACACCACCAACCUGGCAUCAAAAAGCAGGCAGAACAUACUGUUUGUAGCAGCAGAUUUGUUGGUGGAGACCAAAACUCCCAGGCUAAAAAUCAUUUUUUAGUUUGUUUCCAAUUCUGAUGUACUGUGUGUAUAGUGGAGCAGAUUUCUGUUGCCCAUUGUCACGACAAUAGACUAAACUAGCUUCGAAACACAGUGUAAUAGUGUAAUUAAAUGAAAAGUUGUGUUUUGUGUUUAAAGGCUUGGUCACAGCCUCAAGCUACAAACAAGGUGCUUGUGCUUUUUGUGGAGUAACUUUUAAGAUCUCUCACCAUUAACUGGAAAGGACUUUUUGCAGACAGUACAUGAUAGAGCGCCAGAAGCAUUGUUACUGUAACACAUGGGCAGAAUUGUUACUAAAGUUAUUGCAGUUCAUAAACUUUACCCGGCAAACGUUUAUGUUUCAGUGGAACUAACAGACAUCAGCCUAACAAAAGCAACCAUAAAAACAUGCUGUGAAACCGCCUCAGCUCUGCUCGUUGGUGGAACAGGCGUCAGUUGUAAAAUCACACACACUCGUACUUUUCUGACCCACACAGGAAGCGGUGGUUUUGACUGCAGCUUUCGUUCCCCAACCAGACGUGUAACAGCUUGUGCGCCACUAUGACAUUCUUGACAUGAUUUUGAACAUGUUAUGUAGAUGUGUAAUAUACUGUGUUGAUGUCAUGCUGUGAUUUUUGGAAUUGUUUAAUUUUACACUGUUUAAUUUCACACUGUUGUAUAAUUAUGAAAUAUAUAUAAGUAUAUUAUAAAAAAGGAAUUUAAUUUGAAAAUGUAAUCUAGCUAGAAAACUCUAUCAAUAAAAAUUUAAAACAAAAAAAAGUAAAAUUGUAAAAUCAGAUUUAUCAACAGGCUGUAGCAUUUCCACUUAUUUCUUGCCACAGAUGGUGUUUGUUCAGUUCAGCCUAUUUAUUUACAGUGUAAAUGAUUUAUAAAUACAUUCUACACAAAUACAUUCUUUUUUUAUAUUUUUGUCCUGCCUGGCAGUUCAACAAGCCACAUUUUUUAUUCUGAGUUUCAUAUUGUGAUGGACAGUAUUGCUUUUUCAAGAGGAGCAUAUAAGUAAAAUAUAUACUCCUCUUGGUGUGUGUGUGUGUGUGUGUGUGUGUGUGUGUGCGUGCGCGUGUGUGUGCGUGUGUGUGUGUGCGUGUGUGUGACUAGAGUGAGAGAAAAAAUUAUUUCCAGGAACAUGACCGCUGGCUGACGAUGUCUCCUAGACAGCAUCCCCCAGCUGAUGGCCCAAAACUCUAGGCCCCAGUGAAAGAGUCCACCCCCCCGGAUAAAUGUAUGUGUAUGUGGCUUGGUAUGAGGAACUUUGGAGGCCGCCACUUCCCCGAGGAGUCUAGGAAACAGAACCAUCAAAGAGAAGGCUCUAUCCACUGGUACCCCAGGGAGGUAGCCUCCAGAGUCAUGGAAAAGCGUACUCGGAUGGUAGGAAGGAGAGGAUAGACAGUCAGAAGGGGAUGGAACUACCAGAAGGCAAGAUAGCAAGCAGAUGUGGAGGAUAGCUACAAAUACCUUGGAAUCCCACAGGCAAAUCGUGACCACAAAGAGGCCGCAAGGAAAACAGCAACCACUAAGUGCCUCUAAAGGGUGAGGCAAGUCCUGAGAAGUCAGUUGAAUGGGAAGAACAGUGUCCGGGCAAUCAACACCUACUCUCUCCCAGUCAUCAGGUACCCUGUUGGCAUAAUAAGCUGGCCAAAAGAGAUGGACACCACUGACAUCAAGACAAGAAAGCUCCUUACAAUGCAUCUCCACACUAAGCAAAGGGAAGGAGGCCAAGGAUUAGUGAGCGUCAAAGCCACUAUUCAGGAUGAAACAUCCAAGAUAGAUGAAUACAUCUAGAAGAUUUCCCCAACAGAUGACAUGCUUAGUGAAUACCUUAGGCAGCACAAACCAGAGGAGGAGGGGGAGGAAGGAAGGCCCCUUCACGGAAGGACCAACCCCUGCACAAUAUGUACCACCAGCAGAGAGAAGUGGCUGGUAUCGAAAAAUCCUACCAGUGGCUGGACAAAGCUAGAUUGAAAGACAGCACAGAGGCACUAAUCCUAGCAGCACAGGAGCAGGCUCCGAGUACCAGAUCAAUAGGGGCUGGGAUCUACCAUACGAGACAGGACCCCAGGUGUAGGCUGUGCAAAUAUGCCUCUGAAACAAUCCAGCACAUAACAUUGGGAUUCAAGAUGCUAGCAGGCAGGGCAUACAUGGAAUAUCAUAACCAAGUGGUCGACAUAGUGUACAGGAACAUCUGUGUUGAGUACAUGCUGGAAGUCCCAAAGUCUAAAUGGGACACAUCUCCAAAGGUGGUUGCGAAUGACAGAGCUAAGAUCCUGUGGGACUUCCAAAUACAGACUGACAAACUCUAAAUGGCCAAUCAACCAGACAUGGUAGUGGUGGACAAACAAGAGAACACGGCUAUAGUGAUACAGUAUAUGUAGCAAUCCCAGGUGAUAGCAGGAAGAAGGAGCACAAAAAGAUAGAGAAGUACCAAGGGCUAAAGAAGAGGUAGAGAAGAUGUGGAGGGUGAGGGCACAAGUGGUACCCUUGGUGUUACGAACACUGGGGGCUGUAGCUCCCAAACCGAUCCAGCAGAUCCCAAGAACAUCAUCUGAGAUCUCUGUCUAGAAGAGUGCAGUCUUAGAAACCGCUAAGAUACUGCGCAGGACCCUCAAGCUCCCAGGCCUCUGGUACAGGACCAGAGCUUCUGGGAGUAAGACCACUCCAAGGAAAAAAGUGGUUCGCUUUCUUGGGUGCUGACAAUGCCUCAAAACAUUUAAUGUAGCAGUACAAAUAAUAACUACUACUGUAAUAACUACUACUGUAGUAGUACUAAUCUCUGUUUUUAUUUUGCUUUGUGUGUCAGAAAUCAUUUGCAUCUUCUAAGGAUAUUUAAGGCCUCCUCAGCCACAUUCACUUUCUCAGUUUGUUGCCCUAUUUGCCAAUAUUAGCUCAAUCAGUAUGUUGCUUGGGGGUUUGUUGAGUUGCCUUUGUCCUGUUUUUGCUCAUUAGUCUUGUUAGUGAACUUUGCCUUAGGUUAUUAUUGUUACCGCCUUAGUUCACCUAAGUUUGUAUUAGAUUUUUCAUUUCAUAUCUUUACCUUAGUCACCAGUUGUUAGUCUGUACAUGUUUAUUGUAGCCUGUGGUCUGAGAGUUUUUAUUCUUGGCUAGCUUGUUUACUUUAAAAACCGGUACUGGAAAAACAACAAUCAAGUAUUUGUUAUUCAUGAUUCAUAAUAAAAACAUUUAAUUUUUUUAAAAGGUAUAAAAACUCAGACCCACAGCUUCAGACCAGUGAACUGAAGAAUUCUCAACAAAACAGAAAUAUUCUGUAGCCAUGUCCUCAACAUUCACCCUCCACUCGCCCCUCUAAGGUUGUGUCUUUGCAGACUUUUGUGACUUUCUUCUGACUCUGUGCUUCAUCUGGUGCUACAUCCUCACCACCCACAGCUCUUUUAGAAUCCUCAGAUCUCUGCUGGCAUUUAAUGACCCUGGUUUCUUGUAGGCCUUUGUAUCACAGGCUGCAUUUCACCUCUAUAAAGACUACUUGUUCACUUUAUGUAGAUAAUAUGCAAAUUAUAUUAUUUUAAUAAUGUCAUUUGUUAAAUGCAGUCUCAUAAUAAAUUGGUUUACACUAAUAAAUGCCAUGGCUGCUCAAG